AUGGACAGAGGUUCUCAACACCAACAACAACUUCAUGGAGUUGAACCAUCUGCGAAUGGAGUUGAACCAUCAUUGGAAAACACUGUUCAACAUGUAGAAGAAGGAGUAACAAUAGCCACUUCUUCACUCAUUGACAAUUAUUCUACUCCGGAAUCCAAUAUUAGUUCAUCCAAUUUAAUAAUCAACAAUAAUAACCAAGAAGAUGAAGAACCUCCUCAUCACAUUCAAACAACAGCAACAGCAACAACUGCUCAUCAUACAAGUAAUAAUACAAGUAAUUCCGCUACCACUACUAGUAGCAAUAAUAAUCACAUGAUGAUGAAUCAACAAUUAAAACAAAAUAGUGCUAGCACAACCAGUCCCAAAUCAUCACAAUCAUCAUCAACAACAUUAGAAAUUGAAUUAGAAGAAUAUGAUGGUGCUCACAAUCAUCAUCAUCCAACAAUAGCCUCUGGAAAUGUUCAUACAACAUCAAAUCGUCAUACUUCAACCUCAUCCUCUUCAUCAUCAUCAUCAUCAACCAAUAAUUCUCAUCAUGAUCAACAACAACCUCCUCUCGAUAUUCUAAAACAAUUACAAUUAGAAAAUGAAGAAUUAAAAAAGAUUAUUCAACAACAUUUACCUCAUCAUCACCAACAACAACAACAACAAUUGAAAAAACAUGAUCAUGGUGUUCAUUCAUCAUCAAUUAAUAGUAACAAUGUUACUACUAAUACUCAACCGACAAUGAAUGAUUCAAGAGACAUUUCUCUUAAAAGAGAAUCAGCACUAGUAACUUCUCAAUUAACAUAUAGAAGUCAAAUGAAUGAUCAUCAUUCUAAUUUACCUCAUCAAAUUAUUUCUUCUACCUCUAAUAAUAAUAAUAUACCCAAUUCUAAUAAUAAUUCUAAUAAUAAUACUAAUAAUGGUAAAAGUAAAAUUAUUUAUUCAAAAUUAUCACAUUUAAAAAGUAAAAUUAGAAAUUUUAAAUUUCCAACAUUUAUAGAAAUUAAAAAAUUCAUCAUGUCAUUACUAUUUUUAUACAUGACCUAUUUUUCACAUAAUUUUAGAGAAAUACGUAAAAGGAAAUUAGCAUAUUUAUUAGGAGUUGGAUCAUGUGUAUUAGUUGUAAUUGUAGUUUGUAUUGCAUUAUCAGUACUUCAACAAGUUCCAAUUAUAUUUUUAAGAUUAGCAGAAAAUACACAAUUUGAAUCUGACAUUGUUUUAACACCAAAUACAAAUUCACCAUCCACACUAUUAUUUAACAUUUCACAAGUUGAAUCAAAUUUAUUAAAAGCAAUUGGUAAAAAUGAUUAUGAAAAGGAAUAUUCCUAUUUUUCACCUAGAAUUCAAUGGAGUGGAAAUGUUUUUACAACAAAAUCAUGUCAAUUUAAUAAUCAAUUUAAUGAUUUACAUUUUAAUAUAUCAACAAUUGAAGAAUAUUCCAAAAUAUCAUGGUUUUAUAAUAUUUCAUCAUUGGGAUGUACAAGUAAUUGUAUUCCAAAAUAUUGUUCAUCUUUUUAUAAAACAUCAAUUUAUAUACUUGAUUUGGAAGGUGAAAAGAGAAUGGAAUUUGGAAGAUCAUUUGAUAAAGAUGUAAAAUUGAAUGAGAAUGAAAUUUACAUUUCUCAAGUAUUGGCUGAUAAUUUAGAUUUAAAAAUUAAUGAUUUUAUUUUAUUACAAGUAAAUGUUUCUUCCAUUUUUACAAUUAUUAAAAAUUAUAAUAAUUUUAAUGAUUUAAUUGAUAAAAAUGAAUAUUUAACAUAUGCACCUUUUAAAAUUAAAGAUAUUUUAUCAACAAAUUAUAGAAAAAUGGAAUAUUCAGUUAAUAAUUAUAUUUUUAUUGAUUAUAAUAAUUUUUUAAAAUCAAUUACAAAAUAUUUAAAUUUAAAUUAUAAUUUUGAAAUUAAAAAACAAAUUGAACAAUUAAAUUUAAGAGAAUAUUCACCAAUUUUAUAUUUUAAUUUAUCACCAACACGUAUACAAAAAUAUAAUUUACAACAAUUUUCACAAGUUAAAGAAAUGAUUGUUAAAUUUGGUUCUUCAAUUUCUUAUUUUAUUGGAUUUAAUCAAAUUAGUCAAAAUUAUCCAAUUUUAGUUUAUUUAAAUGAUUUAAGAUUUGUUUCAAUGUUUUUAGGAUUAAUUAUAAAUAUUAUUAUUACAAUAUUAACAAUAUUAUCAACAAUAUUAAUUUAUUCAUUAUUAAUGAUUAAUGUUGAAAAUAGAACAUUUGAAAUUGGUGUUUUAAGAAUGAUUGGAAUGCAUAGAAAAGGAGUUGUACAAUUAAUUAUACAACAAGCUUUUUUAUAUUCAAUUCCAGGUUUAGUAAUUGGUCUAUUUUUAGGUGGAAUGAUUUAUAUUGGAAUUUCAUAUUUAUUAAGUUAUUUUUUUGAAACUAAUGAAAUUUCACGUCUAUUAGAUUAUACAUCAGUUAUAGUUUCAAUUUGUUUAGGUAUUUUAAUUCCAUUAUUAGCAAGUUUAUUACCAAUUAAAGCAGCAUUAGGUCAAAAUUUACAUGAUUCACUUGAUACAGAAAGAAGUAAAACAAAAUCAGUUGAAUAUUCAAUUGAAAGAAAUUCAGAAACUUCAAUUUCAACAAGUUUAGUUGUAAUUCCUGGAUUAAUUGUAAUUUCUGGAUUUUGUGUUUAUUAUUUCUUUCCUCUAAGUUUAUUAACUUUAAAUUUAAACUUUUUAUUAACAAUGUUUUUUGCUGUAUUAUUAGGAAUGUUAUUAGGUUUAGUUGUAUUAGCUCUUAAUUUGGAAAAUAUGAUUGAAACAUUCUUUACAACAAUAUUACUAUUUUGGGAAAGUGUUGCAAUUAGACAAUUAAUUUUAAAAAAUCUAAUUGCACAUCGUUUACGUAAUAGAAAAACAACAAUCAUGUAUGCCAUGUCAUUGGGAUUUGUUAUUUUUGUUGCAAUUGCAUUUAAUUUACAAUUAGCAAAUUUUAAAUAUCAAAUUUUACAAGAUUUUGGAACUCGAAUUAUUAUUAAAGAUAAUUACAGCUUUGAUUUGAAAGAUUAUAGUCAACAAAUUGAAUCAUUUAUUGAAAGUUAUAGACCCAAUAUUGUAAAUGAUUUUACAUACAUGACCUAUCCAAUACAUUAUUAUACUCCCUAUAAUAAGGAUCAGAAAAUAUAUCCACCAGGUCAAUUUAAUUAUGGUACAUUAACUAUACGUGCUGUACCACCUAAUUUCAUAUCUGUAACGGAUCCUUAUUUUUUAAUGUUUCAUACAAGGCCAUCGAGUGCAAUAUUUAUGACAGCCAAUGGUGAAAAUGUCUAUUCACCACAAACUAUUAGUGAAUUAUUAUAUACUCAAAAAGGAUCAGAAAAUAUAAUACUUGGUGGUACAUUUAAAGAUUUAUUAUCAAUUUCAAAUAAGGAAAAUGAUACAGUAUUAAUUGAAUUUGUAACACCAACACCAAAAUAUCCAAUUUAUAGUUAUAGAUUAAUGAGACCAAUGUGUUUUUUAACAAAUGCUCCAUUUUUUACAUUUUCAUCAUUUCCAAGUACAACAGCUCAACAUGCUAUCAUUUCAUUUCCAUCCUAUUUUAGAAUUGCAAAUGGUACAUUUAAAUCAAUGAGUGAAAUUCCAAUUGAAAGAUUAUUUAUUGAUAUUAAUAAGAAUGCACAAGAAUCUCAAGUUUCAAAAUUUAAAAAGGAAUUAAAUUCCUAUUUAAGAUAUUUAUCAUUAUCUAUUAAGGAUGCAAAUGAUGAUUUAGGUACAAUUAAUGUUGCACUUCAAGCUACAAAUUUCCUAUUAUAUUUUGUAACUAUAUUAUCAAUGAUUAUGUGUUUCUUUAGUUUAGUUUCUUCUUUAUAUACAAAUAUUCAAGAACAAACAAAAGAAAUUGCAAUUUUAAGAGCAAUUGGAUGUAAAAAGUUUUUCAUACAAAGAUUAUAUGUUUAUGAAGCACUUGUAUUAGUAUUGAGUGCUUCUUUAAUUGGAAUUGUAAUUGGUUUUGUUUUGGGUUUUACAAUGUCACUUCAAUCAAAUUUAUUUACUGAACUACCUGUCAGUGUUUAUGUUCCAUGGGAAUUAAUUUUAAUUGUCAUUGCUGUUGCAUUCAUUUCAGCUUUUUUAAGUGCAUUCUUCCCUGUUACUUCUUUAUUAAGAAAUAAUAUUGUUACUUUAUUAAAGAGAAUGGUUACUUGAUUUAUAGAUAAUAAAAUGUUUGUUGUACUCUUCUCUUUUAA